AUGAUGAUACCAUCGGACACGGCGACUGACGAUCUCUUCAAAGAACUCGGGUUAUCAGAUUCGUCAGCCAAUAACAAACAAACCACCUCUAACCCAAACUUUCUUAACAGUAUCCUACAAUCUGACGAGGAUUCUGCUUGUGAUGUCGAUAGGUGGGCUUCUAGUUCCAUUGAGGAUUCAUCGUCACAGGUCAAGUAGGUUUUAUCGACUGGAAAUAAAGUUUUUGCCAUUUUUUGCUUUGAAAAGAAAGUUUUUGUCACUUAGUUUUAUUUUUAAUCGACUGCAUCAUUACAUUCUAUAAACAAUGGCAUUUAUUUUUUAUACUUGCAAAAACAUGUUUGAUCGUAUAACACUGUCAGCGCAGGCUGCAAAAGCAAUCACUUCCUUUUUCAGCGGCUCAGAAAAGGCGAAAGAACUGGAAGAGGAACAUAAUCGUUUAUCAGAAUCCGUAUUAACAUUAAGUACCCAUUUUGCUCAUAUUCAAUUCCGACUUCAGCAGAUUAACGCUGCUCCAGCUGAAACUCGAGAUGUAAGUGAAGGUGUUGGGGAAACGAUAAUAUUUUAGGUAGUUUUGGAUGAUUUAGCGGGAGUUCAUGGUGUUUUUAAAUAAAAUAGAAACUGUUCUAUCUUCUGUAUAUUUUUUUUUAUCGAUUUAGAAGCCAAAAAAUAUAUUUUAGACAUCAAAGACGGUCUGAUACCCAAAAAUUUGAUACCUACAACAAUGUUGCUUUCAUAUCUCCCAGAAUUUCCAACGUAAACCAAUGUAAUUUUAGGAAAUGCUAAAAGAACUAUUAGACUUUGCAUCGCAAGGUUGCAUAGACAUCACAGACGUUCGACAGCAAGCUCGUGAGCUGAAGAAACUUCAAGAAACGGAUGGAGAAACACCUCAAGUCAAGGAGAAGCGCGCUCACGUCCUGGAUUUGAUCCAGAAGCUUCGAUCUCAAACUGAAGACUUGGAAAAGUUUGCAUAUGACUUUGGGCAUGGUGGAAUGCCAAUGUCAGAACUGAAGGAGAGGCAGAAGCUGGUUUUCGACAAGUUACAGGAGAAAAUUCGACUGAAAAUCGAAUUGGAGGGGAAUGAUCAUGAAAAUUUGAAGAAAACAUUGGAUGAAGGGUUAGAACAGGUAAAAGAAUAUUCUUUCUUCAAUUUUCUUUGAUUUUUAGGUAACAAAAGGAAUGGCAAGCCUAUUUUUGGGCUUGAAAAAGAAUGGCAUUUUUUCUUGCGGAAAAUAAUGAAGAUGAUGUGUCUUCGGUGAUAAAACAAGCAUUAUUUUAUCAGUAAAUUUGAUUUUCUAAUAUUAGAAAGUUUCCUCUAUGUAAACUUGACACUUUUUUAUCAAAAACGAAGCUGUGAUAAGUUUUUUAGACGAUUUUUGGAUUUUGGGACCAAAAUUGUUGUCUGUUGCGGAAAAUUGCCAUUUUUAAUCGUAUAUCAAAAAGUGAACAAAAAUUGUUUCACGUAUCUUAUAGAGCAGGUUCUUGCGCAUCUUUUAAUGUACAACGUGCUAUGCUUUCCGUUCAUUUACCUAAAGAUAUUACCCAUUACAGGUCCUGAACCCAAUAAAGGAAAAAGACAAAUUGGUGGACCAACUCCAAACCCAGAUCGUUGAUCUCGAGAGAUUUGUUCAGUUUUUGCAACAAGAGCCUCGUGACGACGAGAUAAGUGACAUUCGAUCGUUCGAAUCUGCAUACAAACCCCCGCCACGCAAGUCCAGCAUAUUAUCCAUGUUGGGGAUAUCGAAUCAAAGGCAUUUUGAGAGGAAUGAGUUGAAGAAACGACCGGCUGGCAAUCAUUAUGGGUAAGAUUUGAAGCACUUUUAAAUUUGAAGAGGAUUUUUGUGAAAAAAAUUUUUUUGUGUUACCUAAAUUUCUAUUUUAAGGGACCAAAGGGCGCAGCUUGAACUCGCGGUGGACAAAACGUUAGAAGUGAUGAAACAACGGCAACUACUUACUAUAGAUUAUCCUGAACGUGAAGAUAUGACACUAGAGGAGCUUAACCAGGUAUGGCUUUUGAAAAGUUUUGUCACAUUUAGUAUAAAGUGUCUCGUCCUCGUAUAACUUGUCUCCUCAUCGUAUAACUUGUCACUUUCAGCAACUUUUCGAACUCAGCGAUGAAGCAGUGGUAUCAGUAGUCAGGAAACAAUUAGCUACGUGCCUGAAGCUGCUUCUGGAGCACGGAAUGAAGAAAACUGUAGAGGCAGCCAGCUCUUUCAAUGCCUUAAGCUACCUCGGCUUUGGAUGUAUGUCACAGAGGGGAAAAUUGAGAAGACGUAGGUUUUUAACCUUUUUUAUCGUUUUUGAGCAUAACAUAUGUUUGAAAAUGGCAUUCCUUAGCUUGUAGAUUAGUUUUUUUCAAUUUUAUACCUAUUUUAACCUUCAGAAAGCUCAAUAACCGAUGGAAAACAGCUGAUUCAUGUGUGGAAUAUCAUUGAACUGUACUAUGAAGUGAAAAAAGCUGAAGAAAGAGAAGACGCUGCUGUAGGGCAUUUGACACAAACUUUCAAUUUGGAUUCUGUAGCCGGAAAACAGGCCACUUCACAACAGGUAAGAUUUAUCGAUAUUAUAGUAGGCGGUUUUUGAUCGUUUAUCUGUUUUCUUGAUAUUUGAUGAAGAAGCCGGCUUAAAAUUGAAUAUAUUAGCUUAUUUUGUAACUUUUUGGACUUAAUUUUUGGUUACUGGAAGUGGAUUUUAAUAAUUUUAAAAUUUUGUAAAAUCCAAUAAUUUUUGUGACAUUUCGUCGUAAACGGAUUUUUUAAUAUUUAUGUUUUUAUAGGGUUCUAGUGCUUAUCUGAAGUCUUAAAAAUAAUAAAUUAUUCAUUUUUAAAAAAUCAAUAUUUUUGUGGCAAUUCAUCAAAAAAAAUCAAUAUUUUGCAAUUUUGCCAAAAAACAUUUUCUUAACGUGAUUACAUGAUUUUAGAACCGUUUUAAAACCAAAAAACACUAGACUAACUGUUUUUAAAAAACCAAUAUUUUUGUGACGUUUCGCCAAAAAAAACAAUAAUUUUUGUGACAUUCCGUCAAACUUCCCCAAAUUGAACUUUGACACACUAAGGGCUUUUAAAAGCGCAAGGAAAUCAUUUGUACUAUAUCUUAGGGCCAUUAUUAAUGAAAACUCAAAUUUCAGGUACUACUAGCAACGAUAGAGAACAUAGCAACCUCCCACGACAAACUCAAACGUUCUCUCGAUUCGAAAUGGAAAGCCUUUGUAUCGGCCGCUUUAAAUUCGAAACGAUUACCAGCCUGGAUCCGGAUCAUAUUCAGGUCAGACUUUGUUAUCUACCGGUGCUACGAAACGUGGUCGUAUGUUUGUCGGACGGGUUGUGAAGAUAUUCGACCGUUGUUGGAGAAACUACAUGAAUAUAACUUUGAUUUACCGGUCGAUUUGGCCAUAAGACCGUUUCAACAGAAUCGAGAUGCUUUUUAA